AUGACACGCCGACUUGUUCGGACGGGCGUGCAGCUCGCGAUUGUCGCUCUGAUUACGUUACUCUUUGUGGUCGUUCUCGAUAACAAGUUUCGUGUACUACCCGCCUCCAUCCAUGGCCACCUCCCAACUCAUUAUGCCGGCUCUGUUGUUACCGAUGUCACCGUUGUGACGUGCUCUUCCCUCAGCCUCUUUUCGAGUUGCAAGGUCGAUCCGAAUGCAUGGUUCCGCGUGGAAAAGGAUCUCUAUCUGCGCACAGGCUGGACGUCCAGCGCAUACGUCCAGUUCCAACGCAAGAAGGAGGAGGAGUUGCUUGCGUCAGAUAAGGUCGUGAUCGAUCUGAAAAUAGGCCGACGUACGCCGGAAUCGUCGAAUGAUCCGCACGCUGAACAGAACGACUGGGAACAGCGGCCGGGCGGAAUCUGGCUGAAGCGAACGGCCAAACGUCAUGCGAGCGAUUCGCAAAAAGCAAUCACCUCGGUUGAUGUGCUAUUUGGCGCCGACGCGGUUGACCCGCGUGUCGGCUGGGAAGUGAAAGAUACUCCGCUGCUGCUGGAUAGUCGGACGGAGGAAGUGGAAGCCCGGAUUACCAUUCGGAGGGGAGACCCGCCGAAAACCAAGAAGCCGGUGCCUCGGAUCAAUGAGAAUGGAAAAUUCAAGAUCAUGCAGAUGGCAGACCUUCAUUUGAGCACUGGAGUGGGAGAAUGCCGGGAAGCGGUCCCAGCAGAGCCUGUGCCUGGUCAGAAGUGCGAAGCGGAUCCGCGGACCUUGGAGUUUGUGGAAAGGCUACUGGACGAGGAGCGGCCGGAUUUUGUUGUGUUGAGCGGCGACCAGGUGAACGGCGAAACCGCAAAGGAUGCCCAAAGCGCGCUCUUCAAGUCCGUCAAAUUGCUUGUGGAUCGCAAAAUCCCCUACGCAGCCAUCUUCGGCAAUCAUGACGACGAAGGCAAUCUCAACCGACAAGAGCUUAUGGGUAUUCUUGAAGACCUACCUUAUUCUUUGUCAAUCGCCGGUCCUGAAGAUGUGGACGGGGUAGGGAAUUACAUUGUGGAGGUCCUCGGCCGGGGAACGACGGCGCACUCGGCGUUGACUCUAUAUAUGCUCGACUCGCAUUCCUAUUCUCCUGAUGAACGCCAGUUCCGGGGCUACGAUUGGAUCAAGCCCAGCCAGAUCCGGUGGUUCAAGAACACUGCCCAGAGCCUGAAAGCCAAACACCACGAAUACAGUCACAUGCACAUGAACAUGGCGUUCAUCCAUAUUCCUCUCCCCGAAUACCGCGACACGGCGAAUUAUUAUCGAGGCAGCUGGGCGGAAGCCCCGACUGCUCCAGGUUUCAACUCUGGUUUCAAAGACGCACUCGAGGAGGAGGGUAUCCUGUUUGUCAGUUGCGGACAUGACCACGUCAAUGACUACUGCAUGCUUAACAAAGACAAAAAUGAGAAGCCGUCUCUCUGGAUGUGCUAUGGAGGCGGUGCCGGCUUUGGAGGCUAUGGAGGUUACGGAGGCUACGUUCGGCGCAUCCGGUUCUUCGAUUUUGACAUGAACCCCGGACGAGUUGUCACGUACAAGCGACUUGAAUACGGCGAGGUCGAGGCCAAGAUUGACGAGAUGAUGAUCAUCGACGGUGGCACUGUAAAGGGCCCGGACGGAAGUCAAUGA